UUUCUUUUCACAUUAGAAAUUAAAUAAACAUAUAAAAUGUUUUUACCAAUUUUAAAAUUACGAAAUUUUUAUAAAUCCUCAAUUAUAACGGUCUUAUUAUUUAUGAAGUUUGUGACAAAUGGUGCUGCCAUAAAAUGUUUCGUCUGCGAUUCGAGUGAUAAUAAGAGUUGCGCAAAUUUAAAAUCCAAUGCCAGCAUAGUGGCGGAGGAAUGCACGCUGGAUAAAAUGAAAUCGAUUGAUACGUGGCUUUUCGAGCUAAAUAAAUUUGCAUACUUUGACACCGGAGCCAAUAAAAGUCCGCUGAUGAAUUGUCAGAAGGUAGUGGCCAGAGAUCCCAACACAAAUAAAAUGGUGACUGCUCGUUUCUGUCAGCUAAAUACCGGCGAUUCCGAUGCUUGCGCUAUAUUGCAAGCAAAGCUGCGUUCAAGUUCAGAGGACAAAACUCAAACUAUGCAAAAUACCAAUGGCAACAAUUACAACAACAAUGGUCGUCGUGGUGCAAAGCAAGCGACAGCUGAUGUAGAAGAACAAUUUCACUGUUCUAUUUGUACCACAGACAGCUGUAACGGCGUAACGAGCUUUAAGGUUAAUAGGUUGUGGGGCGUUGCAAGCAUUUCAUUAUUUACAUUGUUAAACAAAAUAAAUUGGCAGAAGAGUUUAAGUGAAUUUUGUUGAAAGAUUGCAAUAUUAUUGCAUAACUUUCUUAUUUGAUUUUUUAUAUCCACCACUCACACUCAGAGUACCUUAAGUUCCUUAAAUGAUUGCAACGCUUUGGAAUACUCAUCAAAGAUUGAACAAAAACUGUGCAUUAAUGCAAUGAGUGCAUAUAGUCUCUGUGUACGUCUGUGUAUCGGUUAAAGUCACAACUAAGCCAUCAAAAAAUAUUAUCAAGAAUAUCGAUAUUGAUAUUUUUAUACUUCUCCUCAAAGGAGAUAAGGAUUUUAAAGAUGAAAUAAAUCGCAUCGUAAUAAAGGAAAAUAUGAAACUUAACUUAAACCCUACCUCUUGGAUGCAAAUAUGUUAUGCUUACGUAAAUCAUCAUCAUAAUGUUCUUCAAUCAAUAUUUUCAGCAAUUUCUUGCUAAAAUUACGUAAAUAUCAAAAGUGUUACAUGAACAAGAUGGCACGUUUUAAAGCAAAGCAUCUUUGAAUCUUUGGUUUAAUUAAGUGUACGAAACUCUGUAUUACUCCCGAGGUAGAUAUGUAAAUGCAAACUUAACUAAACGACGCAAUGAGUUUCGAAAAUCUUUUGCAAACAGAAUAUUUCUUCUUUGCUUGUCGACGUUCGUUUACAUUUUAAAAACAACAAAAACAAACAAGUGGUUGAUAUCAAAAAGAUUCGGUCUGAUCGAAUUUGUUAUUUGGUUUUCAUUUUGGCUUUAUUUAUAUUUCAUGUGACCCUGUAUAAUAUAUAAGCUUGUAUGUGUGUAUAAUAAAUCUUAGUAACUGUAUAAAUUUAAGACCUUAUAUAGAAA